GCCAGUCGCGCUUUCCGGUCGGUGUUUUAUAAAUACUGCAGACAGUCGAAGAGUGCAGCGAACACGGUAGUUGCUGUAAAAUCACGAAUCCCAACGGACAAAGUUGUUGCCUGUUGCGCGAUCUGAUCUAACCCCGAUAGAAUAAAAAAGAAAACCCUCAAAGUUUCGUAUAACGUUAUAAAAUUAUUAUAUCGUGAAGUUGAAGAAAAGGUGUUUGGCUAGCGGUGGUAGUGGUGACAUUUUCAUGGAUUAAUUGUGUCUCGGAUUCGUGAGCGAAUUCUUGGAACGAAGUGCCAAAGUGUACAGUGUGUACACGUGUGUGUGUGUGUGUGUGUGUGUGUGUGUGUGAGUGGGUGAACGAAAGUUGGGAAAGAACACUCUUGGUGAAUAGUAUUCGAGAAAAGUGAUAAGAAACCCGUGUUUCGGGGAAGUUUGAUAAGAAAUGAUAGAGUGAUCCUACUAUAAGCUGCAACUGUUCCCCAACGAGAACAUCGUUUUGUCGAGUUUUAUUUUUUGGUACGAUUAUAUUCAGGGUUCAUCGACUUUUUCGCAAGAUCGAAUGGCUGAUCACAACGAGCUAGCGGAAGUCCAAUGAUCAUCGUUCACCACGAAAUGACAAAAUCUGAAUAUCUCUGCGUUAAUCAAAACGGAUUGUUAAGCUCAUUUUCGACUUUUGGCUUCCGCACGAGCCCGUGGCACACGAUUGACUACCGUCUGUCAGAAUGAGCUUAAUGAAGAAGGCGAUCGGCGGCUCCAUUCACAGGAUACGCGAAUUCGAGCUCGAGAAGGUGAAUCUGAUCGACGAGUUCGAUAUCCUGCAAAUCGUCGGAGAGGGAUGGUUCGGCAAGAUUUUGCUUACCGAACAUCGAAGCACCCAGACGGAGAUGGUGCUGAAGGCGCUACCGAAGGCGUACACCGGGAUAUCGGACUUCUUUCGGGAAUUCCAUUACGGGUUACACCUGGCGGCCCACAGGAACAUCAUCACCACCUACGACGUGGCCUUCGAGACCGCUGGAUUCUACGUUUUCAGUCAAGAAUACGCUCCCCUUGGAGAUUUAACGUCCAACGUGACAGAGACGGGUUUAGGCGAGCUGCACGCGAAGAGGGUGGCCCGACAACUGGCUGCAGCGGUGCAUCACAUCCACAGCCGCGAAUUGGUGCAUCGUGACAUCAAGCUCGACAACAUCCUCGUGUUCAAGAGCGAUUUCUCGAGGAUCAAACUGUGUGAUUUUGGCGAGACCAGGCGGGUUAACACUGUGGUGCGAAGGCACAACGAGUGGCUGCCGUACUCGCCGCCUGAGGUAUUGCAGAUCGACACUGACGAGACGUACAAAGCUCUCACGUCGCACGAUGUCUGGCAAUUCGGCAUUGUCCUAUUUGUCUGUCUGACCGGAUGCUUGCCGUGGCAGAAGGCGGCGUUGGACGACCCGCGUUACACCAGAUAUCAAAACUGGCACAACGCGACGUUGAACAUAGCCAAGAAACCGAAAUUAUUUCAGCUGAUCAGCUCACGGGCGCAGAGGAUGUUCAAGCGUCUACUGGAUCCAAAGGCGGAGAAGAGGCCCGUCAGCGUGCUGGAGGUAAACAAAUACCUGGAGGACAGGUGGUUAGCGAAACUGGGUGUGGAGAAGGCGAUGAACGGUGGCGCCGACGAGAGGGACGAGUUGUGCCCAUCGAUGUACAGCUUCCACAGUUCCUUGGAGGAGAAGAACCAGCUCCUUCACACUCUGACCACGUACGGUAUCGAAACCACGGUUGACAGGGCGAAGAAGAAGGACCGUAUCAGGGAAUGGAUCCAAGCGAGCGCGAUAGUCGAGGAGUACGAAGAGGACGAGUCGGAUUUGAACGAGGACAUCCGGUUCUACGAGGACGAGGACGAGGAACCGAGUUCCAUGAAGGGAAGACACUUCCCGGAGACUCGUCCGAUCGCGAAAAACGAAUCGAAAAGACACAGGCACAGAACGAACGCAUCGACAGCUAGGAAGAGACAAUCCGUCAAACCAACCGAGAGGAAAAUUCCGUUCGCCCCUCAGGUAGCCGAGGAACGACAGACGAUCGCAAGAUUCGCCAGUUUCCCCAACGGUGACCCUAAUCUAGCGGUGCUGAAGAACGGUACCAAUGGUAACCCGGUCUCCGCCAGGUUACCCUUGAAAAUCGAUUCCAACUCGGAGGAAACGAGGUCCGUCGGGAACGCUAACGGGCAGCUGAAUAAUUCGAAGAGUUUGAACGUCUCUCGAGACGAAUCGUUAGCCACGAGCGGGUUCAAGUCCAACUUACCCAUCCAGGAAACUGUUCCCGAACUCGCCAACUCUCUGGACGUUCAAGAUCAAAGUUCGAACGCGGCAACGGGCGGAGGUGAUCGAAGUUUGCCGAGGAGCCCGCAGAUACCGGCUAGAAAGCAUCGCUCGCAAACUGCCCCGUUUCCGGCGCCGACGUCGCCCGUGCUGAACGGAAGUCGAGCCGAGUCCGCCAAGAGGAGCCAGUCGACCACGGUACUGGCCACCGGGCAGACGGAAAGAUCGACCCCGACGAUCCAUCGAUCGACCGACAGGUCAACCGCGAUGGCGAACCAAUCGAACGGGCAAUCGUCGACGGCAACGACGAUGGCUCGGGGCGAAAGGUCGACCCCACAGCCGGAGAAUCGAUCCGCGGCGCAAUCAAUGUCUCGAGUAGAAAAUCAAUCCACGGUAAUGCUGCCGGCGACGGCUCGAGUGGAGAAUCAAUCGAGUAACGCUUUGCAGCUGGCCAGGAACGAGAAAUCCGCGACCGGGCUAGUUCCCUUGGCGGCCACAAAUCCGCUGACGAUGUCGGUCGCCUCUCAUCUCGUGAUGCAGAGCUUCAACGCGUUGCAGGGCAUCAACGCGGCCGCCAACGACUCUGGUACUCCAGUAAAUUCGACUUCGAAUUUGCCCCCCUCGUCAAGGAACAGUCCGAAUUCCAACCACAGCAAGAUGUCCACACCGAAGAACAGCCCCACGACCACUCCCGUAAGAACGUCCACGCCGCCGAGGCAUAAGAUGAAUCAACGAGCCGAGGAGACGGUGUUUUAUGGGAAAGAUCCGUUCGAACAUUACGGUAUCGCCCAGGGAGCGAUCAUGAGGGGUGAGAAUGCUAGACGUGGCUCGCUUGAAAGCGGCAGCAGAUCCGCUAGCAACUGAACGAUCCUGUUUGAUUUUGGUAUUGCACCAGAAUUUAUGUAAAUGUUGAAUAGUGACGAUUGGAUGUUGGAUAUACGUACAUCGUGUUCUGGUUUGAUAACGGUUUCUGCGGGUUAGCUCUGAGCGGAUGGAAACUGAAGAAUGGAAAAUGGAUGUUGCUAAUUAGGAUCCGCUUUUUCUGCUACAUCUGAAAAGAAAUUAAAUAUAUGGUUACUAUAGGUGGAAUAAAUGAAAUGUUCUUGGACGACGACAUUUUCAAAAUAUGAAAGAUUUAUACUACGUUACGGCUGUCUAAAUAUUUCUUAAAAUAGUAGAUUGAUUUUUUAACGAAUUAUCGUAGAAAACAGACCCAUGAUAGACCCAUGCUAAACAGGACUUGAUGCUAGUAAUGAACUUAAUCGAAGAUUGCCUUCUACUAUAACUACCAAAAUAUUAUUUAAGAAGCCAGAUGAAUUUUUCUCUACGAAUACUUGCAAUCGACAAAUGAUUCGACACGAAAAUCAAACUGGAUAAUCGAGUUUUGUAUCGAACGAUGCACCGUUUAGUGUCUUCCUUCCAUUUGUUGGAAACGAGCCAUGGCAAGGGCCAUUAUAGCGAUUCUUUUGUCCCUUCACGUUGGUCCUCGCAUUAUGUAGCUGCUGCACAAACUACGCUCCAUGGAAUAAUUCACGGAUUAUUUUAUUUCAUUGCGCCCCAGAGGAUGAAUCAUUGAAGCGGACAGAAAGGUAACGACGAUCGAGCGCGGCUACCAACACCGAUGUUUUAUUUGUAUCUGAACUUGUGUGUCGUGUAUUUCAGGAACAAUUUACACGCGAACGUCGAUCAGCCAGGAACGAAUUUUGGUACGUUGCUCCCGGAAAACGUACGCGUCCGCGUUUCUCCGCCUGGUCGUCUCGCGAUCGAACCGUUCGUUCGAUCGCCACCACCCCUUCAAACGGCAUUAGCGUAAUUGAAACGUAAAUAUUACGGUGCACACGCGACGACAAACUUUAUCGUGGGUAGUCCAAGGUGUGGCCAACUGAUUGUGACGUGAAUUCGAUUAAUUGUGAUACUAGUAGAGUGAUCUUUAAAUUACCGAGGCGGUUUUAGCUUCAAGAUGUAUGCUUAAUAUGUUAAUGUGAAAUUGAUCCGAAAGAUAUCUUGUAUUCCAUAAAUAAUAAUUAAAGAUAGAAUAUAUGCUUUAGAAUAUUUGUUUCUUUUUUUUCGUUAUUAUUAACACUCGACUGUCAUAAUGAAAAUGAAUGUUCGUAGACGAUUAAUGUUUAAAUUUAGGCUUGCAAUAUGUUAGAAAAAUAAUUUUUAAGAAAAUUAAAUUUUGUAUGAAGAGAAUUCAUUUUUUUCCUCGGUAGUGGAUUAUUUUUUUUUUGUAUUGUUCUUGAAUAAAAAUAGGGAGAAAGAUUGCAUACACGAAGCAAGUUGUCUUACGGCAAAGAUCACAGAUGGCACCCAAUGCUGCGAGCUAAGGGUGAACUGUAUGAAAUGUUACGAGCAGUUGCCUUAGGAAAUUCUUCUGUGAUGUUUCAAGGUCUUUUGGCGUGAAUUAUGCUUAUAUAUAUAUACAUAUGUAAGUUUAUCCACUUGUGUAGGUCAUAUUUCAAAUUAAAGUAAAUUAAAAAAAUAUUAGUGUAAGAUAGAACAAUAGUCAUUCCUAUAUUUUGAAUUGUACAGUUUCCAAUUAGAUUCUUAUGUAAUGUACUAGAGUUUGUUCCUUUUUAAUUAAUAUUUAUCCUUUUACCCUGUUAAAAAAAAAUUAAUUAUAAGACAUUGCGAUUGUACCAUAUUAAUUAUCUUCGAUAAACGUGAAUUAUUAAUGAAUCAUGUGACAUAGAAUGUGUUAAGCUUUACCUAUAGUUUUAACUUGAAAAUAAAAAAUACAAAAUAAAGGAUGUUUAAUAAUCAAGCAACAGGCGAAAAUACCUUUCAAGAAAUCACCCCUGCAGGGUUACAAACUUUUUAAUUACUGUAUCCUAAUACUUCUUUGUGUAAGAUAAUAAAAGAUUUAUUAAUUAAAAAGAAA